GCCUCACUUCCAGGCUUGCCGGGACCUCGGUCGAGCUGUCAUUCACAAUCCGGGAGCGUCGAAGGGCGUCCGGGUAGCCGGCAGACAAGCAAGGCUCUCCUCUUUGUUUCUCGGGGAUCUGAUUGGAGGAAGGCCCCAGUGGAAAGUUGCCGUCCACCUUGAGGACGCCUGGUCUGUUUUUUGUUUUUUUACUGUCGGAUCGAACGCCAUCGUUGUCAACUUCACCGUCACUGCUGUUGCCGCCACGUGUGCGCCAGCUUCAGGAGGACUGCAGGAGCAAUGCUUCGCUUAAGGACUUGCGCGGCGCGCUUGCGCCCGCUCGGCGCCUCUCAGGCGGCUCGGACCGCAGGCCCGCGGCGGCCCGCGGCAGGCGCUAAGACGUCUGGGCCCGUAAGGUGCUACGCGGCGCCCGUGGCUUCAGAGCCCUUCCUGAACGGGACCAGUUCCAACUAUGUGGAGGAGAUGUACUUUGCCUGGCUGGAGAACCCUAAGAGUGUUCACAAGUCGUGGGAUGUGUUUUUCCGCAACGCUAACGCCGGCGCCCCGCCUGGGGCCGCCUACCAGUCCCCUCUGGGCCUGUCGGUCGCCCCUCAGCUCUCCUCCCUGGUGGGAGCCCGGCCCAACGUGGAGAAGCUGGUGGAGGACCACCUAGCCGUGCAGUCCCUCAUCCGUGCCUAUCAGGUGAUGGGUCAUCACAAUGCCCAUUUGGACCCGCUGGGCAUCAGCUGUGUGAAUUUUGAUGACGCUCCCAUUCGCGGUCACCAGGUGGCCCAGUUGGACCCGCUCGGCAUCAUGGACGCUGAUCUGGACUCGUGCGUGCCCACUGACAUUAUCACGUCCUCCGACAAGCUGGACGCAGUCAAGGAUCGGCUGAAACUCCUCACGGUCGGAGGCUUCUACGGCCUGGACGAGUCAGAUCUGGAGAAGGUCUUCAGGCUUCCCACCACCACCUUCAUCGGAGGAUCCGAGAGCGCUCUGCCCUUGAAGGACAUCAUCCGACGACUGGAGAUGGCGUACUGUCAGCACAUUGGUGUGGAGUUCAUGUUCAUCAACGACCUGGAGCAGUGUCAGUGGAUCCGGCAAAAGUUUGAGACGCCGGGCGUCAUGCAGUUCAGCCUGGAGGAGAAAAGAACUCUGCUGGCCCGUAUGGUGCGGUCCACCAGGUUCGAGGAGUUCCUGCAGAAGAAGUGGUCGGCCGAGAAGCGCUUCGGCCUGGAGGGAUGCGAGUCUCUCAUCCCGGCUCUCAAGACCAUCAUUGACAUGUCGUCUGGGAGCGGGGUGGAGUACGUCAUCAUGGGCAUGCCUCAUAGGGGCCGUCUUAACGUUUUGGCCAACGUGAUCCGUAAAGAACUGGAGCAGAUCUUCUGUCAGUUUGACUCUAAGCUGGAAGCGGCAGACGAGGGUUCCGGGGACGUCAAGUACCACCUGGGCAUGUACCACCGCAGGAUCAACCGCGUGACCGACCGCAACAUCACCUUGUCCCUGGUGGCCAACCCCUCGCACCUGGAGGCGGCCGACCCGGUGGUGCAGGGGAAGACCAAGGCCGAGCAGUUUUAUUGCGGGGAUGACGACGGCAACCGGGUGAUGUCCAUCCUCAUCCACGGAGACGCCGCCUUCGCCGGUCAGGGCAUCGUGUACGAGACCUUCCAUCUGUCUGACCUGCCGUCCUACACCACGCACGGCACCGUGCAUGUGGUGGUCAACAACCAGAUCGGCUUCACCACGGAUCCGCGCAUGGCUCGCUCGUCACCGUACCCGACGGACGUGGCGCGCGUGGUCAACGCUCCCAUCUUUCACGUCAACGCCGACGACCCGGAGGCGGUCAUCUACGUGUGCAAGGUGGCGGCAGAGUGGCGGGCCACCUUCCACAAGGACGUGGUGGUGGACCUAGUGUGCUACCGGCGCAUGGGCCACAACGAGAUGGACGAGCCCAUGUUCACGCAGCCGCUCAUGUACAAGCAAAUCAAGAAGCAGAAACCCGUCCUGCUCAAGUACGCUGAGAAGCUCAUCGCUGACGGAAGCGUGACCCGACAGGAGUACGAGGAGGAGAUCGCCAAGUACGACAAGAUCUGCGAGGAGGCCCACGCUCGCUCCAAGGAUGAGAAGAUCCUACACAUCAAGCACUGGCUGGACUCACCGUGGCCCGGUUUCUUCACGCUCGAUGGCCAGCCCAAGUCCAUGAGCUGCCCCUCCACCGGAUUGACCGAGGAGAACCUCAACCACAUCGGACAAGUGGCCUCUUCUGUACCCGUGGAGGACUUCACCAUCCAUGGAGGUCUGAGCCGCAUCCUGAAGGGUCGCGCGGCAAUGGUUGGUCAGCGAACGGUGGACUGGGCCCUGGGGGAGUACAUGGCCUUCGGCUCUCUGCUGAAGGAAGGCAUCCACGUGCGCCUUUCGGGCCAGGACGUGGAGCGGGGCACCUUCAGCCACCGUCAUCACGUCCUCCAUGAUCAGAACGUGGACAAAAGAAUCUGCAUCCCCAUGAACCACCUGGCCCCAGACCAGGCGCCCUACACCGUCUGCAACAGCUCCCUGUCAGAGUACGGUGUCCUGGGCUUCGAGCUGGGAUUCGCCAUGGCCAGCCCCAACGCACUGAUUCUGUGGGAGGCGCAGUUUGGCGACUUCCACAACACGGCGCAGUGCAUCAUCGACCAGUUCAUUUGCCCCGGCCAGGCCAAGUGGGUCCGGCAGAACGGCAUCGUGCUGCUGCUGCCGCACGGCAUGGAGGGCAUGGGUCCCGAACAUUCUUCGGCUCGCCCGGAGAGGUUCCUCCAGAUGUGCAACGACGACCCCGACAUCAUGCCUGCGCUGAGCGACGACUUUGCUGUGCGUCAGUUGUAUGACUGCAAUUGGAUUGUGGUCAACUGCUCCAAUCCGGGCAAUUAUUUCCACGUCAUCCGCCGGCAGAUCCUGCUGCCCUUCAGGAAGCCGCUGAUUGUGUUCACUCCCAAGUCGUUGCUGCGCCACCCAGAAGCCAGGUCCAGUUUUGACGAGAUGCUGCCAGGAAGCGAGUUCAAGAGGUUGAUCCCCGAGGAGGGCAUGGCAGCCCAGCGUCCCGAGGAGGUCAAGAGGUUAAUCUUCUGCACGGGCAAAGUUUACUACGAGCUCAUCAAGGAGAGGAAGAACCGCGACAUGGAAGCCACGGUCGCCAUAGCGCGCGUCGAGCAGUUGUCUCCGUUCCCGUUCGACCAAGUGGAGGCGGAGUCGAAGCGCUUUGCCAACGCCGACCUGGUGUGGUGCCAGGAGGAGCACAAGAACCAAGGCUACUACGACUAUGUCAAACCUCGCAUCAGGACCACCAUCCAGAGGGCCAAGCCCGUCUGGUACGCCGGUCGCGGCCCCGCUGCUGCGCCAGCUACGGGUAACAAGAACACUCACCUUCUGGAGCUACGCCGUUUGUUGGACAGCGCCUUUGGUCUGGACGCCUUUCAGGACCAGCAGUAGACUGUGUUCCCACAGCGGAUGGAAUGGACCCUAACACCUGACCCCUGCAUUACCACACACACACACACACCCAAAGAGCAAAACUCCAAACUGUUGAUUUUCUUUUAUUUUCUCUGACUUUGCCAAUCAGAAGUCACUUUCAGCGUAUGGACGGGUUUUCCCAGCAGUGACCCCCCCCACCCCCUCUAGGCUUUUCUGAACAAGUUGUUAGGCUUUUUUGUGGUCGCCCCGAAACAAAAAUACGUUUGGUUUGAUCAAAAAUGGCAAAGAAACCAACCGGCGACUUUUGCUUUCUUUUCCACAUUGUUAGCUGCGCAGCUGUUUGGCCUUCAGCUUGGCAAUGCUGGAGAUUGUUUUUGCGGCGAGCGGCGGUGCCAAAGGAGAGUUGAGCUUUGACGUGAACGACAAGAAAAGAUCAUGUAUUUAUUUUCCUAGAGGGGAGCCGCCAAGUUCUCUUCAUCGCUUCUCUUCAUUUAAUAAAGAUUUCUUUAUGUACUCCA